AAAACGAAGAUCUGUCCGGAAACGUCUCUGCCGAUGACUUGUACGUCGCUUCUAGAAGAUUCUCCCCCUCUCUGGAUCCCGUGACGCACGUUUCUCUUUAAACGGCGCCGAGGAAACCGCGGCUUGCUCUCUGUCUCGGUCCCUGGCGUUCCUCUCGGCGGGCAAUCGCAGAAAUAAAGAACUCUCCUUAUUCUCUCCUAAUUUAUUCCUGUUCUGUUUUUCUCUCGCGUAAUCGAAGCUAAUCCCUUCCGCAGCUCCGCCCCUCUCUUUCUUCUAUUGAGUCUCAUGAAAUGGUCCAUGCUGUUAAUAGGCCGUGGUACGUCUAUAUCUCCAGCCGAAGAGUUCAAGUGUCGGGUAAUUGUGGAGAUGGCUGAGGAUGGUCACAAAGUCACCCUGAAUGUGUAUGAUCUCAGCCAGGGGCUAGCUCGCCAGCUUUCGACGACAUUUCUAGGCAAGGCCAUUGAGGCCAUAUGGCAUACAGGAGUGGUGGCAUAUGGAAAUGAAUAUUAUUUUGGGGGAGGUAUUCAGUGUGAUCCUGCUGGAAUGACGCCUUAUGGUACUCCUCUCCGGGUGAUUGAGCUGGGGGUGACUCAUGUGCCUAAGGAAGUAUUUGAGGAAUAUUUGCGGGAGAUCGGCCCGAGGUACACUGCCGAGACCUAUAAACUUCUCAGCCACAACUGCAACAAUUUCAGCAACGAGGUUGCUCAGUUUCUGGUUGGGACUAGUAUCCCGGACUAUAUCCUCAGUCUUCCAAAUGAAGUUAUGAACAGCCCAAUGGGUCCUCUAAUAUUGCCUAUGAUUCAACAGUUGGAAUCGACAUUGAGAGCUGGUGCAGUUCCUCAAGCUCCUCAGUUCACACCUGCUGCUGCCAUGGCUCAGCCUUCUGGACCUAGGGUUGUUGUUUCCAAGGGCACACAAGUUACCACUUCUCCGGAACCAGGGGAUGCUGUCCCUCCUGCAGUGGAAUUUGCCACUGCACAACAGAAGAAACCUUCUGCGGGUGACCCCCUUGGGGAUGCUCGGAGUAAGUUGCAGGAAGAGAUUACCAAAGAGUUUGCAGCGAUCAUGGCUACCGGAACACUUCGCGCAAGCGAGGCAGCAGCACUUGCCACAAGGAGAGUGAUGGAGAGGCAUGGGCGCUUGAACAUGCCUAUGCAGCAGAGUUGAAGAGUCACAGGUUGGAUCGGUUUCUCAUAGGAUAAAUUAAUAUCUGACCAUUCUUAUGGGGCCAGAAAUGUCUGCCUUUUUGCUUGUAUAACUCUGCAAAUUUUAUCCGCCAACAGAAUCAAUUCAAUGUUUUGAUAAAAGUACUGCCAAGGUUCCAUGAAAACUUCAGUUAAUUAAAUCAUGUAUUAGCUCUAAACAUUCCUUUUCUUCACCUCUCUUCGAAGCAUAAACAUCCUUUCAUUCAUAGACC